AUGGCUGCAUCUUUUCUCAUUCCAAAGCCUGCACUAACGCGACCCAAAGUAGAUGAGAACGGAGGAUGGGAGUAUUUCGGAGGGGAUUUUAAGACAUGGUUCGUGUCUGGAGAUGCGGAUCAUUUCACUAGUCGUCAGCUCUUCAAGGCCGGUAGUCCUCAUACUGGUUCUGGACGUUUGUCCACCGCGACUCCUCCUUACCAUUACCACCUGUAUCAAACGGAAACCUUCCAUGUGAAUUCGGGGACUUUGGCGUAUUGUGUUGACGGGAAGGAAGGACUCCUUCAAGCUGGUCAAUCGGUUGUGAUACCACCGUUUCGUCCACACACGUUCUGGAAUGAGGUGUCAGCCGGUACUGAUUUGGAUGUACAUAUAACUGUGCGCGGUGGAGAUAAUCCUGGAUUCGACGAGACAUUUGAUGGGUAUUUAUCUUCCCGAACUAUGGCUGGCGCAUCUCCGAAUCCGAUUCAGAUGCUUCUUUUCAUGUAUAGCGCUGAUGUCAUCCUUGUUGACAUUCCUUUCGGUCUGGGACGAAUCGCGAACCUGGUUAUUGGGUUCCUGUUAGGAGGGAUCAUUUGUGGGUAUCAAUCGAGAUACAAGGUCUUCGACAAUUAG